AUGGCGAGAUCGCGGGCUUCUAGCAGGCGGCUGCUUCUGGCGCUGUGUCUGGGCGCCGCGCUCGUGGCGACUGUGGCCGCGGGAGGCUACGGAGGCGGAGGGCACGGGGGCGGCGGGGGCGGAGGACACGGCGGCUACGGAGGCGGCGGCCACGGAGGCGGUGGUGGCGGCCAUGGUGGCGGUGGCGGUGGUCACGGGGGUGGUGGAGGUGGCCACGGAGGCGGCGGUCACGGGGGCGGCGGCGGCGGCGGUCACGGAGGUUAUGGAGGCGGUGGUCACGGAGGCGGCGGUGGUGGACACGGAGGUUAUGGAGGCGGUGGUCACGGAGGCGGCGGCGGUGGGCACGGAGGCGGCGGUGGUGGACACGGAGGCUACGGAGGCGGUGGUCACGGAGGCGGUGGUGGUGGACACGGAGGCGGCGGUGGUGGACACGGAGGCUAUGGAGGUGGUGGUCACGGAGGCGGUGGUGGUGGACACGGAGGCUACGGAGGCGGUGGUCACGGAGGCGGUGGUGGUGGACACGGAGGUCACGGAGGCGGCGGCGGCGGCCAUGGAGGCGGCGGCGGUGGUGGUCAUGGUGGUCACUAUGGCCGCUAAGUAUCACUCUUCCUCUCUACUAAGCCAUCUCUUACUUUCGGACACUAAAAAUUCCCACUCCUGUACUGUCUGAACAUUGAGUCAAAAUUUUUAUUUCUUCUUCAAUAAAAUGUCGCUUAAACUGUA